CCACUUUACCAUCCUCGAGAGAGAGAGAGAGAAAGAGAGAUGGAGAUGAAGUGGAGCAAGCUCCCGGCGCCGUCCUACUAGAUUCCGGCGAAGGUCGUCUUCUAGGGCAUCUCCGAUCAUCGCUAUCGAAGACCUGAGGUGGUAUUUCAUCGAUCCGUGAUGGGUUUGUCAUUGAUUCCCUCGAAGACCUCAACCAGGAUGCUUUGGACCUCCAGCUUCUUUCGCCACAAGAUCGCCUCAUCAAUUCGUUUCAAUUAGCUCUCGUGAUUGCUGUAAAUCAACCGAUCUUGAGGUUUUAGAUAGGUUAGAAGCUUUUGCAGAUGGAUUCUGGCCGCCUCGUCUUUGAUCCGUCGCGCUGUGGUGGUGUUCUAGUGUUAGCAGCUAGAGGGGAUCCGGUUCUUCGAGAUGGUGGGAAGAAACGAACUCGAUCGUUUUUCAUGUCUUCUGAGGAGGUGGAGGAGGAGUGCUAUUAUGAUGAGCUUUUGCCGGAGAAGAAGCACCGCCUCACUCCUGAGCAGGUGGACUUGUUGGAGAGGAGCUUUGAGGUAGAGAACAAGCUGGAGCCGGAACGGAAAAGUGAGUUAGCUAGGAAGCUAGGUGUACAGCCUAGACAGGUUGCUGUGUGGUUUCAGAACCGGCGUGCUCGCUGGAAGACCAAGCAGCUUGAGAAUGACUUCGACCGCCUCAAGUCCUCUUAUGAUUCUCUCUUGGAUGAUCAUCAAUCUCUUCUCAAGGACAAUGACCGCCUCCGCUCCCAGGUGGUCCUUCUGACUGACAAGCUGCAGGCCAUGGAAUCCUCCAUCCUGAGGCUGGAGGAUCAUGCGCCAUCCAGCAGUGGUGACAUUGCAUUGCAUGCUGAGCUGAAAGCCAAUGACUGUCUUAGCCCUAAAAGCGCCGGCAGUGAAGUGCUAGGAGAGAAAGCCCGCCAGCAGCUCAUCGACAGUAGUGUGGACUCCUACUUCCCCACCACCUACAAGGACCUCGGCUGCUCUGUGGGACGUGAGGAGGAAAACAGUUGCAACUUUCUCCAAUGUGAACUAGAGCAUCAGCAACCAGAUGUAGGCCAGAUUGGUUGGUGGGAUUGGUCUUGAAAGGUAACAUUCAUCUCCAUCUAAAUCUGCAUCUCCAUUACUACGUCACCGCCUUUAGCUUUGCUAUAUUCCUCUACCUUGAAAACCAUUACCUGUUGUGUGCUGUAUAAUAUUAUGUUUGAAAUAAGUGGGUGGGUGAUCAGCGAAAAGAAGAAUCCAUCCGUAUGAAUUGUUAAUAUGUCUUGUCCUUAGAUAAGCACGGAACCUAACUCUUUUGUAUUGAUUUGAUAAGAGUUUUCGGUCCUUUUAUUUGGAAUUGUGUGUGAUUAUGUAAUCUCUGAAAAUUUCCCAAAAAAAAAUUCUUGGUUAUUGCCAAUCA